AUGCCUCUUGUACUCACCUUUGUUGACUAUGAGAAAGCUUUUGACAGCGUCGAAACGAAUGCGCAGCAGCUGCAGCGCGACGGUGAAGCUGUUCCAACAACCUCUCCCAUUCCCACAGGAAAGGGGAGAGGUCGUUGUGAGAUAAGGCGACGCCAUCUCGCCGAAACUAUUCACAGCCGCGCUGCAGUGGAUUAUGAAGUCGCUCUACUGGGAGGAAAAUGAAUUCGUGUGGAUGGAGGCAGCGUUGCGGAAGCUAAGACUAUGCUUGCUGAGCCUAAUAGAGCAGGAAAGGUAGGGCUGUGGAUCUAACAAACAAAGACACAGUUCGUGAAGAAUAUUUCGGCUGAUAAAGGUCAAAUUAAGACCGAUGGUACACCUAUCAAGAAGACCUCGCCCCACAUUUAUCUCAGGCGUUCCAUGAAUACGGUCAUCGACAUGAGGGAAAAACUGGUGAGACGACAGAAAGCAGUGUGGGUGGCCUUCGGUCCCUGAAAGUCACCAAUCAUCUGGCUGACCCGGGACAUCGCGCUAAUCUGUUUAAUUCCACAGAUUUCCUGCACUCUGGUAUGGGUCGGAGACUUGGGAGUCCGGGGCAUCUCCGUCAUGGGCUUUGAGCACACGUCACGGAACGCUCGAGCGAUGUCUUUAGAGAGGUUCGACCAACUCAAUAUUGCUCUUGCCGGACUCCGCAGCUCCGAUAUGCGCAGGAUGUCCCGACUCCGCGAUCCGGUGGAAUACAUGAGGAACGUAGAAUAUCGGUAG